UUCGCUGAAAGCUGCUGAGCGGAAGGAACUGGGCACAUUUUUGCAGCUCCUCAUUUUGCGUUUGGCUGCGGUUAUCGCGAGAGAAGAAGCGAUGAGGAAUCUGACGGCGGUGUUCUUGUUCGCGAUGUUCGCGAUUGUAUCGGUAUCACUGGCGGCUCCGAAAGCAGCAAAGGAUGACUACGAAACCACGGUUGACCCCAAGGCCUGUCCAGGCUGGGAGGUGUGGCAGGACUGUUCAGGAAACGACUGCCGCGAGCUUAGCUGCGCGGACCCCAUUAACGGCGGGGAUUGCAAGGAUUGCACCAGCGGCUGCUAUUGCGGGGAAGGAUACUUGAGAGACUCUAAGGGAAACUGCAUCAACUGGGACCACUGUCCACGGGAAUGAAUGCUCUCUUCGAUCCCAUAAGCACUUUCGCUUUUAGGCGUUUCGACAGAUCCUGUUUGCCGUUUUGUUCGCUUGAGCUGUGUUUUGCAUGUGCGCUCAACGAAGUUAUACUAGAAGCAAAAAAAAAUUAUUGGUUUCUCAAGAAGAACAAGCUGUUUUGUGACUGAUAUGUGACAAAUGUAUCGACAUAAUUCAUUUCGAGAAAUACACACUUUCGUUUCUGACUCGGCUCACAUCAAGUCAAACCUUUCUUUUCCAGCAUGUACUUUACAGAUGGAGGACAACAAAAAAAAAAAAGCUGCCAGCAGGCGGCUUGACGAGUCUGCAGCCCCACGUAAUGAGCGGUCCUUUGGGCCACAGCAAUGAAAACCACAGUCAAUUAACAAAUGUAAACACUUGAUCAGUGCAGAACAAAAGUUAAACACAAUGGUCCUCAAAAAAUAAGUGCCAGGAUAAGUAAAACCAGUUUUAUUUUUCUGCAAACAUAGAUCUAAGUUUUGCUGUGAAACAAACAAAUAAAUCAAAAUUAGCAGAUUGAUAAUGGUUUAGCAGUGAUGGUAAAGAAUAACAUAGGCAUUCCAUGCCAGAGCUCAAGCGGAGUGCAUCAACGUUCC